CAACUUGUACUUCCGGUACAGCCCAAACAACGGUAUUGAUGUCAACAUAGAAAAAGCAUUUUCACUGUGUCAUCAUACCAUUUUGCGCUCUUCCUCAUCAUGUCAGCUCCUGGUCUUCUCCUGGCUGUUCUCGUGCUGUCUCUGGGCUACGGGGACUCAAGGUUCAUCAUAGACCCUUUGUCAGUUGUACAGCAGAAAUAUCUGACUCUGGAUAUUUGCUCAGAAUGCACCCAGAUUGUCCGGCUUUCAGCCAACAUGAUUUCCAGCAGAGAUACCAAGGAGACUGUAUAUGAAACCUUGCAUGCUCUGUGCCAACACCUCCCUGGAGAACAGGCAUCAGAGUGUGGGUCACAGGUGAAGACGUAUUUGCCAAAAGUCCUGCAGCAAACCCCUGGUCACCUGAAACCAGGGCAGACCUGUAUGGUGUUUGGACUUUGUGCUGCCCACAAAGAGGAAGAGCAACUGAACCUUCCCCACCAUGCCGUUGAUAAAGACAUAGCCAACCCUGCUCUCGACACAGCUGCAAACACACAUGAGGUCUUCAGCCCUAUUUGCAGCCUGUGUGUGCUAGUUAUCAAGAAGCUGGAGACCCUGUUGCCUGAAAAUAUGACUGAGGAUGCUUUGAUGAAGCUCAUGGAGGAGGUGUGUGAUCUUAUACCCCAGAGCUACGAGGACGAAUGUGACGAUUUUGUCAACAAAUACGGGAAACAGAUUGUGGAGUUCCUCUUAUCCUCUGCUGCACCGCAUACGAUAUGCACUCUUUUGCACCUUUGUAUGUUCAAGGAGCAGGCUGUUUCAGGUCAUCCCCCCUCGGACUGUAAUUCAUGCCGCACACUGACUGUGCUGAGCAGACUUCACCUUGGUCCCAACUCCACCCAACCUGAAACUUCCUCUUUCCUCCACUCUGUGUGUGUGCAGCACCCAAAUGCCAUACCCAAGUGUGAGGCUUUCAUCAACAUCUAUGGCUCCAGACUGCAGGAGUUUCUGGGAAACCAGAUGGAUGUUUCAAAUGCUUGUGGAAGAGCUGAUCUUUGUAUUGCCUCCAAGAAGUUGGAGCCAUUGGGAAAGAACCGUUGCACUUGGGGACCAAGCUACUGGUGCAAAGACAUUCAAACUGCUAAGAAGUGUGGUAACCAGGCCUUCUGUGAGAAGUUCAUGUGGAAGCAGUGAAAGUCCUUGCCUGCUCUGAAAAUAUUUGCACUUUUUAAAAAAUGAAUUACUUCACCGAUUCAUGUUUUGUUUUUAAAAUGUAAUGCACUGAUCAACUUUUUUAACGCCUGAGUAAAUUGUAAACUUAUGUGCUUUUUCAAUCAAUUCAGGCAUAAAGAAUUAUCAUGAGUUCUCCAGCUUGCAUGUAGUGUCAUAAGACAGGCAGUGAUUCAGUCUGGAACGUCAGUUUCUGCAGAGGUGACCAAUUUUGUGUUAUUUAGUAAACUGUGAUAUGUUGCUAUGAAUGUGGAAAUUAUGAGAACCGUUGUCCAUAUUUAGAAAGAUGAAAUUCAGUAUAUAUUAAAGACUAUUUGGACAGCUGA